AUGUCGAGCUCGGCUCUCGAGAUCAUCCUCAUCGAGCCGCCAACUACUCCCACCAGCGGCCACGGCGCCGAGCGAGCCACCGACGAAGAAGAUUUCGGGAUUCAAAGGCGGCUCUCUCGAUACUGUUUGGACAAAGUUAUCUUUGAUGCAUCAUUAGCACAGUGGUGGUGUUAUGAAUGCCAUCAAAGGCGUGGUGAAGUUACUUGCAGCAGAUCUCUAGACAAGCUGUCAAGUGAAAGGUCGCCAAGUCAUGCUCAUUUUGGUUCUGCAGUACAUCAACCAGUUACCAAGAGAGUGAAUACAGCAAGGAAUGCAAGGCCUGGAAGAAAAAGAAAAGCAGAAUAUAUUCCCUCUGCAAACUAUUCUUUGGAAUCGGAUGAUCUUCAGGCCCUCCCAAAGGCUGAAUAUGUUUUAUCAUAUAGAAGUAUUCUAUCUGAAGCACAGAAGGAGAGAGUAAUUGCAUUUAUCCAGGAAAUUCGACCUAAAGUAACUGUUUAUGUAGCAGUCAUGCAAAAAAGGAAUGUUCAACCUCCUGGACCUUUUCUGGGUAUUUCCAAGGAUUAUGCAUUUCCACAUUUCCCACAUAGAAGCACAAAUGUAACACUUCAGACGGCUAGCAAGAGCAACAAGUGGCAUCCUAAAUUCUACAAAAGAAAUGCCAGUAGAAAGAACAUGCUUAUGGGGCAGUGGUUAGACUUUGUCCGUGAAAAUCAUGUGCAGGAGGGAGAUAUUUGCCUCCUUUUUCCAGCAGAGGGUGGGAGAAGAUAUACAUAUACAAUCUAUCUACUUUGUGCAUCAGCAACUCAUUCAAUAGGUAGAGCUGGUUUUCAAAUAGUUUGCCCAUGUCCUGGUCGAUCUAGUGCAAAGAUGGCUUCAGAAGUGCAUAUUAUGGAGGAAACAACAAAUGACGAAACUCUGGACAGUGAAGACUCUGGUGGUUCAUCGCCGCCUCUGUACAUUGUACCAUGCAGGAACUAUCUAUCUAAAUCCCAAAAGAAGAUUGUUGAAGAGCGAGUGCGGGUCAUCCAAUCCAAAGUUCCCAUUUGUGUAGCAGUAAUGAAGAACAACAAUGUUGGUGAUGCUCAGAAGUGGAUGCUGGAAUUAGGUGUUCGGUAUGCUGCUGUACAUCUUCCAGCUAGUGGGCAAGCUGUGGCGCUGGAGUGCAUGGGGAAGACAUGGAAAACGCAGAUGGUGAUUCAUAAUGGUAGAAGGUGGUUUCUUAAUGGAGGUUGGGCCAAAUUUGCUCGCGACAAUGGCCUGCGAGUCGGUGACAUCUGUCUGUUCGAUCUGAAGAAGAACGCGAGGGAGCUUACCAUGAAUGUCCAUAUCAUCUCCAGGGAGCAGCUUAGUUUGAAGUAGAAGAAAAAUGGUGUUCAUGGUUGUUCAAAAAUUUGUACAGGUGUUGUAACUUCGAGAAUUCUUAGAUUCUUUGGUUUGAAAUAGGCAUAUAUAGGCUAUGGUAUUGGUUGUGCUACAUGAAGGGUUAGGAUCCCCCCUCCUACGUCACCCACCACCACCGUCGCCUCCUAAUUUUCACAAUGCACCUCCACAACCUCUCGUUGAUUUCCAUUUCCACCUCCAUUAUCGAGCUCGUUGGCCUCGAGGUGGUGGCGAUGGCAACAAAGUUCAUGGUGGGUUUGCAGUUGAGGGGUGUCGCUGGUACUACGAGCUAUGGUAGAGUAGAGCUGUAGAGGUGACAUGAGCCAAAGUGCCAAACGGAUUUGAUAUGGCGAGAUACAUUGUGGAAGGUACGUAAUUGGCCAUUGAUCUCUUGUUGCUUUU